UGAAAGAAAAUCUAGAAAAUUUUCAAAAUUACUUACGAACAAUGGCAAUAGAACGCAAAGUCCCCAGGAGUAAGCCCCGCAGCUCUGUUGCCGCACGCCGUGUCAAAAAACCCAACCCAGUACGUCUUCGCAGUCUGGGGGAUCUGAAGGAGUCGGAAAUGAUUAAAGUGACAUCCGCUCUGAAUGCAGCAGUCAAUCUGGCAUCGGCGGAGGAUAAUUUGAAGAAGAACUCGGAUUCGCCAUUCUGCCUGCCCGACGAGGCAGAAAUGUUGCGGAGAAAACAGAAGAUGCGCCGUCGAGUGGCCACCGCCAUGAAGCUGCUGGCGCUCGUGGAGCGCGGCUACGUGGACAGCGGCUUCGAGCACACAGCACCUGUUACUCUCUCAGAGGUUCCGGUCCGACGUCGUAGUCGUAGUGCUACCACUGCCACCAUCGAUGCUGCCAGCAACUGUCGCAUCUGCGGUCGUCCCAUGCCUGAACAAUGGUAGAGGAACUGUCGCCGUACAAACCUCCAGAAAUUGUUUGCUAUGGUGGCCAUCAAGCUUUGCAUACUUGUAGUUGUUCCGAAUAGAAGUGAAAUACAUAUGCUAAAGUUCAAUUAUAA